AUGAGUGAAACGGGUCCCAGAAAGCGCAAAAAGGUUUCUCGAGCAUGCAUUUACUGUAGACGAUCACAUAUGAUUUGUGACGAGCAGCGUCCUUGUUCAAGAUGCGUAAAAAGAGAUAUCGGACAUUUAUGUCACGAUGAGGAAGCCAAAUCGCAACUAGAUGUGCAACCCGUUCCCGAACACCUAGCAUCUGCACUACCGAUAGGCAAAAUUUCACAACCUAAUACUAACUCGGUGGGCAAGAUGUCAAGUUUCCUGGCGCAGCACCCUACCUUUGUGUCCGAGCAUGUAGGCUCCGAGUUUUCUUCUCUGAAUGAAUUUCUAUCAAUGCUCGAGGAUCCGCUACUACUUGACCCCGUUCCAUCACUGUCUAGUACAUUAUCUAACGAUCAAAAACCUCUCCAAGAUCAACCGACACUAAAGGAGAAUUUCUUCCUCACAGCGGCAGACCCUUCUACUGAGAUGACCCCGGAGGAUCGGUUAAAGUCCGUCAUCAACGCAAAGUUAGAAGCAGGACUUUUACAACCAUACAAUUAUGCACAGGGCUAUGCUCGAUUACAAGCUUACAUGGAUAAAUAUAUGAAUUUGUCGUCAAAACAACGGAUAUUAAAACCGUUGUCUAUUAUUCGCCCGGAGUUUCGCGCGAUAGCGCGAUCUUUGAAGGACGUAGAUUUGGUGCUGGUAGAAGAAAGUUUUGAAAGGAUGCUUCUAUCCUACGACAGAGUAUUUACAUCUAUGAGCAUGCCAGCCUGUUUGUGGAGAAGAACUGGGGAGAUAUAUCGUGGAAAUAAGGAAUUCGCCUCUUUGGUGGAUUGUACCGUUGAUGAUUUGCGGGACGGGAAAUUGGCAAUUUAUGAAUUAAUGACAGAGGAAAGUGCCGUAAAUUUCUGGGAGAAAUAUGGUUCAAUUGCUUUCGACAAGGGUCAAAAAGCUGUCCUAACAAGUUGUAAUCUUAGGACGAUUGACGGCAGGAGAAAAAGAUCCUGCUGCUUCAGUUUCACCAUACGGAGAGACCGUUAUAAUAUACCCAUCUGUAUUGUCGGUAAUUUCAUACCGUUAUCAUGA